AUGAGGCUUUCCUACCUUUUUACCGCCUUCCUAGCGGGGCUUUCCAUCGCAAGCCCUAUUCCCAACCCUGGGCCGGCCGGAGCUGCGGAGUUGGAAGUACGCGGUCAUAGAGGCGGUGGUCAUGGUGGUCACGGUGGCUCUGGUGGGAAAGGAGGCAAGGGUGGUAACGGUGGUAACGGUGGUAGUCAGCCUGCAGGGCCUAAGAUUGUUGAAACCGAGGCAUACAAAGCCGCCCACGCGAAGCACUCCGGCUUGAAGGAAAACGAUUGGUACUAUUUCACUGUGAAAACCCCCCUGGGCCAGAGCAUUCCUGGAGACGCCGAGACGAAGACGGAGCUGCAGCAGUUGCAGCACAGGCUCGGCUUUGAGCACAUCGCUGUUGUCGUCGGCGAGGUCGUCUACACCGAGAGCGGAAAGGGUAAAAAACACCACACAAUUAAAAAGGACUUCAAGGCCACCCAAUUCGACAUGGUCAAGAGUCCUGAGAAUAAAACCAUUGUCAGGAGCCCUAACUGGUCUCCCCAACCUCAAAAAACGCUCGCAUAUGGUGGAACGACAACCAAAAGCAAAGCCGAACGUGCGAAGAAAAACAUCCCAAAAGACUGGAAAGAGGAGCACCCCGAAUACAAUGUCGAUACCAACAGCUGCAACGACUUCGUCCAAAAUUAUAUCGCGCAUCUUUAA